AUGGAUAAUUUUUACAACCCUGCACCACUUGAAAUUGCUGAAAUAUUUAGGUUUCAAUCAAAAAGACAAGCAGAAGGCGAAAGUAUACAAGAAUACCUACAUUCUCUACAGAAACUUGCCAUAAACUGCAACUUUUCCACAUAUUUAAAAAGUGCUAUACGAAAUCAGUUUGUUUUUGGUUUACAGUCAAAGAGGAUUCAAGCCAGACUAUUAGAAACAAAGGGAUUGGACUUGGACCGAGCCGUAGAAAUUGCAGCAAGCAUGGAAACUUCAGAAAAGGAUAGUUUAGUUUCAGUGGAGGUUGAGCACCAGGAAUUAAAGCACACUCUAAAGUUGUAUGUGGUGGAUGGUGAUGGCUACUCACUGGUUGGUCGAGAGUGGAUACAUGCUCUGGAAAUCAAUUUACAUCAGGUAAAUACAAUUCUACAUGAAAAUUUUGAAAUUGCAACUUUGUUAGAUAAAUAUAAACAUUUAUUUGAAAAGUCAGUUGGUGAAAUAAAAGGGUUAGAGGCUGAAAUUUAUCUAAAACCUGGUACUAAAGCAAAAUUUUGUAAGGCCCGUCCUGUAGCUUUUGCAUUACGCCCUAAAGUUGAGGCAGAAUUAGAGUCCUUAGUAAAUCAGGGAGUCUUAAAGAAAGUAGCAUUUUCGGACUGGGCAACUCCUAUUGUUCCUGUAGUUAAACAAAAUGGGGACAUACGCAUUUGUGGUGAUUUUAAAAUCACAUUAAACCCUUGCAUUGAAGUGGAUGAAUACCCUUUACCUACACCAGAUGACCUACUUUCCCAAUUAGCAGGUGGGGACAAAUAUACAAAAAUAGAUAUUACGAAAGCUUACUUACACUUGCCAAUAAAAGAUGAAAUGAAACAUUUACUUACAUUAAACACCCAUAAAGGUUUAUUUCAACCAAAUCGAUUAAUGUUUGGAAUUGCUAGUGCUCCUGCCAAAUGGCAACGUUUAAUGGAGCAAAUGCUACAAGGAAUAGAUGGUAUUUCAAUAUUUCAGGAUGAUAUAAGAAUUACAGCUCCAAAUAAUACCUUACAUUUACAAAGACUUGAACAAGUUUUAAAGAAAUUAUCUGAACAUAAUUUACAUAUAAAUUUGGAUAAAAGCGAAUUUUUCAAAGACGAGAUUGACUACUGUGGAUAUAAGAUGAGUAAAACGGGUGUGUCUACUAGUGCAGAUAAGGUAACUGCAAUUGCAAAUGCUCCAAUACCUACAAACAGAACUCAAGUUCGGAGUUUCUGUGGCCUAAUUAAUUAUUACAGACGUUUUUUAAAAGAUACUUCUACAAUUUUACAACCAUUAAAUAAUUUACUUAAAAAGAAUGUCAAUUUUAAAUGGUCGAAUACUUGUCAAACUGCGUUUGACAAAGCAAAAAAACUCAUUUGUUCUAGAAAUGUUUUAUGUCACUAUGACCCAAAUUUACCAUUAGUCCUAGCAACUGAUGCAUCACCCUAUGGGGUAGGUGCAGUACUUUCACAUAUCUUUUCAGAUGGUACAGAGAGACCCUUACAGUUUGCUUCUCAAACUCUUACUACUACACAGCAAAGGUACUCACAAAUAGACAAAGAAGCUUACAGCAUAAUUUUUGGAGUAAAAAAAUUUUACAAUUAUUUAUGUGCUAGGAAAUUUACUUUGCUCACUGAUCAUAAACCGUUAGUUCAAAUUUUUGCACCUGAUAAAAGCCUACCAGUUUUAAGUGCAACAAGAAUGCAACAUUAUGCAAUUUUCUUACAAGGUUUGAAUUAUGACAUUCGUUACAAAAAUACAGAUUCUCAUCUCAAUGCUGACGCACUUUCACGUCUACCUAUAAAAUCAGAACAAAAUUUCACACAUGAUGAGCCAGAUAUUUUUGAAAUAAAUCAAAUUGAAACUUUGCCUACAAAUAUUAGAGAUCUAGCUUUUCAUACAAAAAAUGAUCAUACCUUAAAAAAAUUACUUGUUGGGUUAAAAACAGGAAAACCUGUUGAUAAACGAUUUAGCUUCAAUAUAAAUCAAGCUGAAUUUUCAUUACAAUCUGAUGUUAUUAUGAGAGGACAAAGAGUAGUUAUACCUACUAAAUUGAGAAAUAAAAUUUUGACAGAAUUACAUACUGCACAUUUUGGAAUAGUUAGAAUGAAAUCUUUAGCUCGUAGUUAUUGCUGGUGGCCUCACAUAGACCAGGAUAUUGAGUCACUUUGUAAAAAUUGUUUAGAGUGCAAUAAGCACAAGAACAACCCAAUUAAAGAUAAUUCUCAUAUAUGGGAGCCACCAAAAUUUUGUUUUGAACGAGUGCAUGCUGAUUACGCUGGACCUUUCAAUGGAGGUUAUUAUUUUAUAUUGGUAGAUUCCUUCAGUAAAUGGCCUGAAAUUCAUUUUACAAAAAAUACUACUACAAAAACUACUAUUGAAAUUUGCCGAAAAAUUUUUACAACUUUUGGUAUUCCUAAAGUUUUUGUUACAGACAAUGGUAGACAAUUUGACUCUCAUGAGUUUAGAACUUUUAUGAAAGAUAAUGGAAUUACACAAAAAUUUACUGCACCCUACCAUCCUGCAACUAAUGGACAGGGAGAGAGAUAUGUCCAAAUACUAAAAAAAUGUUUAAGGGCUAUGCGAAGUGAGGGAAAUGACAGGGAGUUUGAAUUAUGUAAGCUACUUAUGCAAUACCGCAGAAGCCCACAUACAGUUACAGGUAAAAGUCCCUCAGAACUUAUGUUAGGAAGACAAAUAAGGAAUAGAUUAGAUUUACUUAAACCUUCAUGUAGUGAUAGAGUUACCUAUACUGAUAUGAGUCUAAGAAACUUUGAUAUAGGAACUAGGGUUUCCGUGAGGGAUUAUUUUCAUUCUAAAUGGCAAUUUGGCAUUAUUGUACUCAGAUUAGGGUUAUUGCAUUAUUUAAUUCAGUUAGAUGAUGGUAGAACAUGGAAACGUCAUGUAGACCAAAUACGGCAAAUUGGGGAAUAUACUCCAUCUCAAAAUAAUCCAACAUGUUACAUUCCGGAUACCAUUACUCACAAUUUGAUUCCGAGGGAGGCAUCAAUUCCAGAGCACAGUGUCUCACCACCACCUACCGAAGUGAUUACUGAUGAAUCCGAAAUUUCAAACAAUAUGGAAAGUUCGAAUAGUGUACCUGGGGCUCAAACUGAAACUGAGGAACCCAUUUUAAGGCGUUCCACUAGAGUAAGGAAACCUGUUACCAGACUGAAUUUCUAACUCGGUCAAAGAUCAAUGGCGGAAACUACGUGACUCCUAUCGCGAAGCUCUACGAAGGCAACAAACCAAAAGCGGCCAAAAGAGUGUACAAGUUAGGCUGUGGAUCUACCAGAAACAAAUGGAAUUUUUGAAACCGUAUAUGAAAAACAGGACCACUGUAGGGUGGCCUGAAGUUCAACAAUCUGAAGAAAUACAAUCUGAGCAGACUGAAGCACAAUCUGAGCAGACUGAAGCACAAUCUGAGCAGACUGAAGCACAAUCUGAGCAGACUGAAACACAAUCUGAGCAGACUGCUGACAUUACAGUACCUAAUGAUGAAGGGCCAAAUGAGGCUGAGGAAAUUGAAUGUGUUCAGCC